AUGGCAGGAGAUGUCACCCCCGGGGGUGCCCAAAAGAAGCCUCCACGAAAUAAAAAAUCAGCUGCGUCGCCACCGACUCCCCGUUGCGACCAUGCGCUACAAUUUUACGAGGCAGAGAGUUACCUAUACAGUGCCAUCUCAAGCUUCAUUCUUCCCACAUUUUUUAGUACUGAGAGUGCGUCGGUAAUAAUCGCUACUAGGACCCAUUUAGACGCUCUAGAGGUCCAUUUGAGAGAACAGAAUUUGGUUCCGGGGCAACUAAAGGAUCGCGGUCAACUGAUACUCCUUGAUGCCGAUGAUAUUUUGUCGGCUGUUAUGCCCGGCGGAUCUCUUGACAUAGAUUUAUUCGAUCGGUAUCUUAAGAAAUUAUUUCCCGAUGUCCAGUCUAAAUUCCCCAAAGUCCGGGUCUAUGGCGAACUUGUUAAUAUUCUUUGCGAACAAGGGCAUUAUGAGCUCGCCAGGCAAUUGGAGGUUGCUUGGGAGCGCUUCCUGUCCGAGCCGGAUCGGAACGUUGCUUUGCUCUGCGGUUACAACAUGGGCGUAUUCGAGGCGGAGGGGCUCAGCGAGGUCUUUCAGCAAAUCUGCUUGAACCAUUCCAAAGUCGAACCGACCGAGAAGGAGUAUCCGACUUUAGGGCAUUCUAAUAACCAAAAGACGGCAGUGGCAAUGCUACAGCAGAAAACCAGGUGUUUAGAGGCAGAGAUAAAUCGGCGAAAAAUGUCAGAGGCCGCAUUUCAAAUGAUACUCGACCAUUUCUCUUCCAGCUCCCGAACGUCGGACAAAUCCUGUGAAGCAGACGGGGGUUAUAUAGCAUAUCCGAUAGGGAUAUGCGGCAGAAUACUACACGAAGGGCGGAUACGGUACUUUGCGAAUGAUCGCUUCUGCCAGAUUUCCGGAUUGGCUGAAGCUACGAUACGUCGCGACGGAAACUGGCUAAACGCCGUCCAUCACUUCGACCGGGAGAAAGUAUCUAGAUAUUUCUCUUUCGAAGAUGGCAGGAUGAGAAAGGUGGAAUACCGCUUCGUUCAUUCAAGUGGUGAUGUCCGGUGGGUUUCGGCCGAAUUCGCUGUGGGCUUGUCCGGAUACACUCAUUCCGUAGUGGAUAUCACCGAUAUUAAGGAGGCUGCAGCCCAACGGCGGAAAAGGCCUGACAGCUAUGGUGAGAUGUGCAAUUCUCAUCACAGCGAGCGAAGAAUCGUACAAAAUUUCACGGGAGAGGGGCAACAACGACCAAUUCCUGAUUCAGUACUACGAUGGGACAGAGGGCACUCGAUCAAUCACUCCCCUAAUACAAACUCGUUAUUUCUUGACGUGAACCAGAAAGUUUUGUUAGAGCACGCACAAGCAGAGGUGGAAAAGAUAUCGAAAAUAUUCUCUCAGAUAACGAAGGAAGAAGCCACUCCACAGAACUCAAUAAAUUUUUCCGCCGUAUCUAAAAUGAUGGAUGAACUCCGAGUCUGGCAGGCUAGUUUGCCGGACGGCUUCACCAUCCAAGCAGUCAUCAGUGAUCACUCGUUACAUCCAGCGCUCCGCUCUGGGCUUCUACUGGGCCAUUGCACGUAUUUCAGAUCGAUUCUGGCUGUUACUCGAAGAGUAUUGGUUAGGGUAGCUACCCGGGCAGCGAGGUCGGCAUACUCCGAUGAUCCGUCAUCGUUCGAGGUGCACUAUGGCAACAAGUGCAUUGGCGCAGCACGAGCUAUCUGCCGGGUUCAUGAUUUACUUGCGUCUGAAGAUAUGGAGCCUGCUCAAAAGUCUUGGUUGACAAUUAGCUCCUAUUUCGUUGCUUGCCUAAUUGUCUUCCUUGACACUUCCCUUAAUCCUCCAGAAACCCCAGUAGAUGACUUAAAACUCAUCAUUCCUCGCUGCAUGGAUACAAUCCGUAAUUCUGCAAACAUAAAAUUAUGCUCGAAGCGGUACAUAGAAACAUUGGAUCCUCUCUGGAUCGCGCUCAAGCCACCAGUACCACAUGGGAGAUCCUCUCCAAGGCUGCCCAGUAUCACGCCAUCUGAAGGCUGGGCCAACUUAGAAGUGAUAACAGAUUGGACCCAAGGACAAGGCACAACUAUUACUAACGACAUCUUGGACAUCUUGAUGUCGCCGUUGGUCUCGGAGGAUGCAGAGUGGGCGGCUACAGGUCACGACUGGAGAUUUCUAGUUCCGCAGCUUAACCAAACACAUAUAUCCCCCCAUUCAAGCAUAUGCAUAAGCAGCCCAAACUCGAGUACUCCCCCUGAGUACACACCCUGGAGCGACCGCUCUUCAAAUACAAGGAGGACAAAAAGGAGUAAAGCUGAUGAGGAAGGAGUUUAUGAACGAUCUUCUACACCUUUGUCCGGUCGCUCAAGACAUUCUGCUGAGCGCGGGGGGGAAGUGUAUCGGCGUCGAUAGCGGCGCAUUUUCCGUUAUGCGAAAGGAUGGAUAGUGUGUACAGUUUUUCGUUUUCGGGUUUUUUCCCUUACGGUUUCCUGGUCUUCAAACAUGGGUUUACUUUUCUUCCUUCUUCCUUUUGAAGUCGGUUUUACUUAUAUAUUUCUUUGGGCGUUUGUCCUUUCCAUUUCUCUCUUCCCCCCUGGCUGAAUUUUUUUUCUAUUUGAAACCUGGGACCCGGCGCAGGUAGAUGGCGAGCAUAUUUUGCAAUAUAAAAAGGCAUACUUAGGGUGGGGGCUAGGUCUCAUUUUUUUGUUUUGAGUUUUUUUAGCUUUGAAUUGGAGAGCCUAUUUUGGCUACC